AUGGAACUGCGUCGUCAUUCGUGCGUGCUGCCAUCGAAUGCUCCAGCGUUUGACAGCUUCUCCAGUCGAGCCGUGACAGGUCGAGUCUUGCAGGAACGAUGUGGCAACCGGCAGCAUGAAUACCUUGACUCAGACAUCACGGCGAGGAGGAAGUAUUUCCCAGCGUCUCCAGUCGAGAACCUAUACAGGAACGGCAUCUCGACUUACGUUAGCUCGCACCACGGUGGCAUCGCCUCCCACCCUGACUGCAAGUCCGAGGAGCAGAUAAACCGUGAGACUCAAAAAGUAUGGCGACUGCUGCAGCGAUGCGGGGCGUAUUGCAAGUAUCGAGAUAAGCCAACUAAGGAUACCCGCGAACUCGUGAAGUGGCCGGAGCAUAUGGAGUAUGCGUUCUUCAGAGGGCUAGUGAAAUAUGAACCUAUGGGUCGGCGAAAGCUUCUGCUAGAUGGCAAACCUCGCGGUCGAAAUGAACUGGUGGCAGACUCGAUAGAGAAGGAUACCGGCGAGGCACGAACGAGAAAACAAGUUUCCAGUCAUAUCCAAGUCCUGAAAGACAAGCUCAAGGAUGAACCACUUGUACUCAAAUACAUGUCCAAGGAUGACCUCAGCUACCGCCCUCGUCAUGCCGCUGGACAUGGAAGCACUGCUCAUAGUCGCCAUGCUGCAAACUCGGCCAGACACCGUCAACCGUCAACGCAAUUCAGCUUCCAGCCAGACUUCCGAACGGCCACCUCUAACCGCUACUUCACCCCCUACGACUUCGAGAUGUACGUCCGAGACACCCAAGAAGACCCCCCCAAGCACAUCUACACCUUCACCAAGUUCCCCAAAGACACUUCCCCAAAACUCCCAGACGUCCACGUCCACGACACCCGCCACUGGCGCACCCUCUACCCCACCCUCUCCCACGUCCCCCUGGACCGCUUCGCAGACUGCGACAUCAUCGUGUGCGACGCCUCCAUCUCCGUCAUGACCGACACGCUCCCCAAAGACGCCGAGCUCGCCAUCCAGCUCGAGCUGCGGGGAGAAGCCUACCACGCCAACUUCUCCGCAUUCGUGGCCCGCACCAGCCUCUUCAGCGCCGCCUCGGCCACGCGCCCCAGCUCCGCCACCAAAAUCAACACGCUCGAGCCCGACGCGGAGCUGGGCUACAACAGCGGCCUGCCCGCCCACUUCACCGUCCCCUUCUGCAGCAAGUUCUGGGCGCAGAAAAUCCACAGCCUCAACACCCUCCUCCGCCGCGCGCAGGCUCACCACGACGCGGCCGAGCGCGCCAAGAUGGAGGCGCAGGUGCGCGCGAGCUUGGAGCGGCUCACCGCCACGCAGGAGAUCUUCGCUGUACCCAAAGGCGGCGAGAACCCCGUGCGCGUGGCCGCGAUCCUGUGGCGCUUCUCGCAGACGCACCGCCGCGAGGAGGGCAGGGCCGUCUGGCGGAGUGUCGUGUACAGCCCUGCACAACACCAGCAGCAGCAUCAGACGCAGCAGGUCCUCGCCGUCCAGCCCGCGAUACCGGGGACGAUGGUGGAAGAGCUCUACCCCGUGUCCCAGCACCCGCCCACCGCGUACCCGGCCCUCUCGUUUGACCUCCCGCCGCACCACCAGCAGCAGCAGCACCCGCUCUACGACCACCUCGCCCUCCCCGACGCGGGCGGCGCGCAGCACCACCACGCCCAGUUCGACCUCGACGCGCUCUCCGCCGUGGCGCUGCACGGCGCGUUCGCGCUGGCGUCGUAUCCUGCGCACUCGGGCUCCCAGGGCCUGCCGAGCCUGACGCACUCGUACGACUCGAGCAUCGACCUGCCCCCCCCAACGCAGCACCAGUCUCAAAGCGACCACAACUUCAGCGUCGUUGGAGGAGGAGGAGGAGGAGGGGUAGGCGGGGUGGGCGGGGGCAUGAGCCACAACGAGCUCGACUUCACGGGCGGGAGCAUCAGCAUCCACCUCGAGCCGGCGAUCGACCUGCCGGGGUAUCACGAGCUCGACGUCGGCGGCGGCGGCGUCUACAACGCGCCGCUUGGCGGGUUUGCGCGGCCCGAGGCUGGGGGCGGAGGGCAUGGGCAACAGCAUAAUGCCGGCAGUCACACGGAUCUCUUCACGGUCGAGAGUGCGUUUGCGCGGCCGUGGGGCACUUAUCAGGAGCUGAUGGAGCGGCUGGAGGGGUGUGAGACGCAGCCGCCGCAUGGGGGUGUUGGCCAGGAGCAUGGGCAGCAGGGGCUGGAUGCGGCGGGGGGGCAUGAGGCGGGGGGGGGGGGUGAGGGGGGCGGGUUGUGGAAGCUGCAGAGUCCGUUUGCGGAGGAGACGGGGGAGGAGGGGAGUGUUAAGGAGGAGGAGGAGGGUAGUCAGGGGCAGGGGCGGGAGGAUGGGUUUGAUGGGCGCGGGCAUCAUGGGGGGAUUGGGGGCUAUUGA